AUGGCCAGAUCAGACCCUGCAUUGCAAAAUUUCCUCCAGCCACUAAAGAUCGAGUUCGAUAGGCUCUACCGCUUGUCAUACCGUCUGUCUGUCACAUAUCGUGCAUUGGCGGCCGACUCCUCGGAGCAAUUCUUCCCCACUGCCACCACACGUUUGCCCACUGGGCGCGAAAAGGGACGCUAUCUGGCCGUGUAUCUCGGUUUAUUCUAUCUUCGGGUGGCAUUCAUCGACCUACUGGGCGAAGAGCAAGUAGAGAAACACUCCCAUGUUCGGCGUACGCUAGAGAAAGCAUGGCCCAUCGAGAAUCGCAUGCGCCAAGACCAGGCUGACUCUUUGUUUUCUUGGAUUGGGGAUUGUAUUGCGGAGGUUAUCCAUGAUGACUUGGCCAAUUCCAAAGACGAUACGCCCUCUGAAAUCACGAUGGGCAUUUCAUUCUGUUUCCCAAUCAAGCAAAAGUUUCUCAAUGAGGCUAUCCUUAUGCCUACAGGGAAAGGAUUUACGCUGAAAUCCUCUCUAAAUCUGCGACAAGCACUUCUUGAUGGUUACGAGUGUCAUACCAGGCGCUCUGAUGAGGAUCCUGCUGAGAUGCCCGCAAAACGACAGAAGAAAUACUGUCUCCCAAAACUCAAGAUUACCGUCAUGACUAAUGAUACGAUUGCUACAUUUGCUUCGCUGGCAUAUUCGGUCCGCACUCUUCCUAAUACUCGGGUCGUCAUGGGCCUCAUCGUAGGUGCAGGCUGUAAUUCAGCCGUGCCUAUGAAAUUUGCCGAUCUCCAAGAAGCUAAAAUCCAAUAUAUUCGCGAAAAAGACCCCGAUGCAGAUGAGACGAUUGUUUCUACUGAGUGGACGCUCCGAGGUGCAAGCAAACCACUGGAAGAGUUGAAAAUCGUGAACAAGUGGGAUGCCGAGCUCGAGGCCCACUCCAACCGCCCGGGAUUCCAGCCGCUGGAGUAUAUGGUGGGCGGUCGGUAUAUCGGCGAACUAGUGCGCAUUAUAUGCUAUGAUUGGUUCCAUGAAACAAAGGCAGUUCCUCGGUCUUCAUUGCCCGCGAAGCUAGUGGAGGAGUACACUUUGACGACAGAUUUCCUGUCCCUGGUGGUAGCAUCGAGCUAUUCCGACGAACAACUCGCAAAGGAACUAUCGCAGCAACUUCCAGCGCCAGAAUCCAGCGACUGGGAAUGGACAACUGAGUAUGCAGGACAUAUUCGCUCCAUUGCAGCUGCAGUACAGGAUCGGUCGGCAGCCUUGAUUGCGGCCGCAACAGUUGGACUUCUUGCUUGCACCCGCGAGAUCCGGCUGCAAGACACGGAGUCUACAGAUUCUCCGACAGCUAGCAUGGAUAAAUUACAGGUUGCGAACCAGGAAAAUCAGGAUCCGGAAUUUGGGUCUUCAACAUCAGGUUGGCAAAACGGGCCCGAAGAGCUAGUUGUGGCGGUGUCUGGUGGUGUUAUACAGCACUACCCAUACUACAAACACACCAUUCAACGUUAUAUUGAUCGACUUAUCAUCAGUGCAGGGCCACAAAGUGAAGGCAAGAGCAUUUUCCUUCGAGAGGCUAGCGAUGGUGGUAUUAUAGGCGUGGGUGUUCUUGCUGGCACCAUUGCAGGGGAAAUCGAGGGAAUAAUUGGCUCGACAUUGGAAGAGCAGCAUAGAUUCGAAGAAAACUUACGGGAAAGCUGUAAGGAUAUCACAAAUGUCUCCUGA